GCAAAAGUCUUGCACAAUUGUAAUUCACUAAGUUCAGUGGCUCUGGUGUUUUAAUGGUGGGAAACUACAACUUCUGGAAUAAAUAGUAACACCACACGCCAAGAAGUGACAGCUCGUGUCUGUGCAAGUGGACGGUGUUACUGUGCCACCGCUCUGCCGGAGUGUCUGGAGAGAGGCGUGCUCUGAACUACGUCUCCCAGCAGCCCGCGCUGGCCGACUGAAGGAAGUGGUCAUGGUGGUUCUUCCUGAACUUUGGACGGAGAUUUUAAGCCUGAGAAGCGACGGUCUCCUGGCGGUGCUGUCUCACGCAGUUUCACACGACCCGUGUCUCGCCACAAGAAAGAUCCGCUGGGAUGGCAGUGCAGGUGUUGGUCCUGCCUUCCCCCAGGUGUCUGUUCGAUGACCCUAUGCAGAUCCGUGUGGAGGGUCUCCGGCCGCAGCAGGCGGUCACCCUUCGAGCCAGCCUGGUGGACGAGAGCGGGGAGCUUUUCCAAGCCCACGCUCACUACAGAGCUGAGAGCAGCGGAGAGCUGGACCUCAGCUGCUCCCCAGCUCUGGGGGGCAGCUAUUUGGGAGUGGAGCCGAUGGGACUGCUGUGGUCUCUGCGGUCUAAAACGCCCUAUAAGCGGCUAGCAAAGAGGAAUGUCCUGACCCCUUUCUCUGUGGACUUGGAAGUGUAUGAAGGCCAUGGGGACAUAAGCCGCUUGCUGGGUAAAUGCACCAACGAACGAUGGUUUUUAGGAGAGGGGGUGAAGAGGAUUUCAGUCAGAGAAGGUCGUCUGAAAGCAACCCUCUUCCUCCCUCCUGGACCUGGUCCGUUCCCUGGACUUAUUGAUUUGUAUGGAUCUGGAGGAGGUCUUGUUGAAUACAGAGCAAGUCUCCUGGCUAGCAGAGGCUUUGUGACUCUGGCUCUUGCUUACAUGGCCUUUGAAGAUAUCCCUACUACUCCAGAGGUUCUUGAACUGGGCUAUUUUGAGGAAGCUGUGAACUUUUUGCGGAAACAGCAGCAGGUGAAAGAUACCGGGAUUGGUGUUUUGGGCUUGUCUAAAGGAGCUGAUCUAGCCCUUUCCAUGGCCACAUUUCUACCUGGCAUCAAGGCAGCUGUCAGCAUAUCUGGAAGUGGUUUUAAUUCCUUCAUUCCCCUGAAGGGGAAUGGCUUCACUAUUCCUCCCCACCCAUAUAAUCUGGAGAGGAUGAAGAUCAGUGAUGAGUCUGGCCUAGUAGAUUUUUCAGAUGUCUUAGAUGAUCACAGGGACCCAACAACUUGGGAUUGUCGCAUUCCAGUGGAGAGGUCCUUAGCCAAGUUCCUGUUCUUGUCUGGACUGGAUGACACAAACUGGAAAAGUGACCUCUAUUGCCAGAAUGCUGUUCAGCGCCUUCAGCAGUGUGGACGGGAAGUGGAGUUUUACUCCUAUUCUGGAGCAGGGCACCUCUUGGAACCACCAUACUUGCCUCUGUGCCAGGCUUCUAUCCACAGAGUGCUUGGGAUGUUUGUGUGUUGGGGAGGGCAGUGGAGAGAGCAUGCUAAAGCCCAAGAAGAUGCCUGGCGCAGGAUACAGGCCUUUUUCAGGCAGCAUUUGAUGGACUCAGACAUCCCUAAGAGCAAGCUAUAGUGGAAGUUGUCAAAGAUGCUGACCAGGGUUGGUAUUUCAGUACUCACUAAAUCUUGGAAACUCAUCAAAAGUUUCCUGGACUGCCUUCCUCUAAACCCCACUGUUGCAUCAUUGUUUAUUUUCAUUCUCCUAAUAGUUUUCCACUUAGUUGAAUUUCCAUUUGGUUGAAUUUCGGUUGACUUCUGGCCACAGCUUCACUGUAUAUUGACACCAUCUGGUCUGCCUGUGUGCUGUAGUCUGACCUGGCAUCCCAUCAUGUAGAUUGCAUUUGUAAUGAGCUAUUUUUGCCCUCAAUCUGCAACCAUCUCUUUUCAUAAGAGGAAAUACUCUCACAGGAGUUUUCCACUGAAUUAUUUAGGAAUAUUAUUUCUAUAGGAAACUACCAUUAAAAAUAAAAAUGCUUUCUACCAGCAAAUCAACAAUGAGGUCACAGAUGCUUUCAUACAGUUGUCACGUUCAGCCAUCAGGUUCAAGGAAAACGGUGUUGAAACUAGAGGAUGAAGGGAGCUGACUGGUGACUCCAUUGACAGUGAUAGCACAUGGGACCUCUUUGUUUUUUUGUUCUGGAAUGAAAGCUUUGCUACCCAGUAAAAAGCCCUUUAUUUGUCAUUUGCAUGGAAGCUGGCAAGAAAGACUGAAAAAGCUGGUUUAGCUGAGCAGCUCUGUGCACAUAAUGGAAAAUAUUCCAACCAAUUCACUUUCACUGGAAAUACUUUUAAAAUGAAACUCAAAUUUGAAACUUAUCUUCAGGAAAUAGGAACUGGAGGCAGACUAAUAUAAAAUAAUUGGAAAUGGCUUAAUUUCAAUAAAAUGCUUCUCUCUGUUCUUGAGCAUGUUCUUAAGUAUUUUGCUGAAGACUUUGAUAUUUAGUGUUUCUUCUGCUGAAGAGAUGAUUUAGACAAAUAGGGCUAGAGGGCUAAGAUCACAUUCUUUUUCCAAGUUAAUAGCAAAAAUUCUACUAAUUGCAGCCUGUUGAGUCAGGGUGAUUUAUAUAGUUUCUCCAGGUCUACUGAACACAGACAACAUUAUUCAAGAACAAUGUGAAUUAUUUAAUUAAAGAUAAUAGACCUUUACCUGCAAGAGGUCCUCUGCCAAGCACAACUGAUAAAACUAAUAAAAAUUGGAUAGGAAAAGCUGGUCUUGUAAUCUGCUGUAACUGAAAAGUGCUUCAGAUAAAAUAGAGCAUCAAAGAACUAGCUUGAACCAAAAGAUCUCAUCUUGCUUCUUACAUAGUCAUUCCUUGUUUAGCACUGCGCACUACAUUUCUGUUAAGAGAAUGAGAAAAGCUUGUGACAAGUCUCUUCAGAAACUGAGAAUCUCCCUGCAUGUAAGUUGCUAUGAACAAGUUUAUUACAAGGGAACAGUACAUCUUGCGGUGCUCUUUUGGGGCAGGAUGAUUUCCCUAGCUAACUUGGAAUCAGGCAACAAUGGAGAGUGCUGAUUUGCAAAUGCGUUCUUAAAAUUUUCCAUCUUUGAUUUGGUACAACUUUUGGUCUCUUUACAUAGGAAGGAGACUAUCCCAAAAAGAAGAGAGGAGUGCAAAAAAGCAUGUCCUUGAAUGGAACAUGUCUGAACUCCUCUUUAGCCUUAUUGCUCAGAGCCCAUGGAACUAAAAUAAUCUGGGCGAAUGUGAUCUAAGUUAAAUGAAGCUUAUAUAGCUUAUUGUUUUUAAUUAGGUGUCCCUGAAGCAGCCCACAGACUGUGAGACCUUUGGACACAGCUUUUUGUAUCGCAGUGUAGAUGAUUCACUUUACACAGCUCCGUCCUCCUGGCCAAUCUACUCAGUAACCCUUUGUGAAAAGCUCCAGGGACUCCUGACAGUUUGGAAAUAUAUGGGCACCGCAUGGAGCAAUGUUCUCUGUACUUCUCAAGGCUUCUUGAAAAAGUUGUGGAGUUCUCUUCUCAUAGUUUGCCAUAUAUGUUGUAAGGCUGUGUAUAGCUCAGGAAGAAAAAAGUUCUUGAUGUUCUUUACUGAAGACCUGAAAGUACCAGGUCCAAUCAGGUAUGAGGUUGAACACAAGCAAAAACUGACCCUGAAGCAUUUUGAUACAUGUAGACGAAACUGCAGAAGAAAAGUAAUCAGAGUACCUGUAAGCAAGAAAUGAACCACAGGUACAGAAGACCUGAAACAUCUUUGGCAAAGUAGCUGCCUCUGCAGAAGUAGUGGGUAUUUGAGACUGCGGUGGGUUUUUAGUAGGGACUGUGCUGAACAAGGACAUUUCAGUGCAAAUGUGCUCCUGUAACACCAGUGGCUUCUUACUCAGGUGAAACAGUGUCUCUGGAUGGCUUCUGCAAGCAGGGUUAUUUCACAGCCACAGGACAGAAGAGAUGAAGUGGAAGAUGAGAAUAUACAUUGUGUGGUGUAAUUUAGAGGUGACUUUUCUCCAUUUCUUUUUUCUGUUUCCUGUGUGUGUUUGGAAGUCUAAAGGUUUAGAUGGUUUUUUUUAAUUCAAAACUUAGUUCUCUAAUACACUGCCAGAUCAUUUGUUAUCAAGCUGAGAGAUAAGACCAAUGUUUAAUGACAAAAUACAAAUAGUAAAAAUUUUUUUAUAGCAGUAUUUUGCUAAGAAAUUUAUAAUUCUACCAUUUCAGAAAAAAAAUCACUAUUCUGUACUUUUUAGUGCUCCAUAUACAUUAUUCAAAAAUGGAAUCUGAGCCAAAUGUAAUGUUAAGCACAGAGAAAGUGAUACUUUACAUUUGGCAAGAAGGAAGAUUAAUAUUUCCAAUGAACUAACACUCCUUGCAGCAUUUACUGCAAAAUAUCCCUGCUACUUUUCAUUGUCUAGGACAAAAACUAGAAAUGCUAAAAGAGUCUUAAAAAAUUGUCCAUGCAAAAUUUGCAUUAAACCUAAAAAUGUCUGGACCCUGACUUUAGAUAGCACUUAGAAAAAAAUAAUUAAGUGAGUUACAUUCUAUUUAUGUAGGAUUAUAUCUUUUCAGUGACUUCAGCCGCUGAACUUUCAACAUCUUGUGUUUAGACUGUAAAUCUAUGUUUGCAUUAAAGUCACUUCAGUGAAA